AAAAAGCAGGGGUUGCCACAUGACGUAAGGAGAAUGCGUGUUCAAACGUGGUGUAAUCCACGGGUGUAUAUACUCGAUGCGCGAAGGACUCCAGCACACAUAACCAGUGAGCGGCAGAGUUACUACAACUUUGAACGUUAAAGAAAAUGGAGGCUUCGACGCUUCCACGCAUACAGAUUAGGGCUAACUAUGACGAAGAGACCAUAGUUGUCUAUCAGGCCUACAAACCAGCUAUAGGCGAAGCGGCACUGGCAGCUGGUCAUUUUGUGGAACCUUUCUCUUUGAACCGUAUGACCUGGAUUAAACCCUCGUUCUUGUGGAUGAUGGAGCGCUGCGGUUGGGGAGAGAAGAAGGACCAGGAGGUGGUUCUAGGAAUUCGCAUCACACGGGCCGGCUGGGAGGAAGCCCUAUCGAACAGCAUUCUUUCUCACCCAGUAGAAGAAGUAUAUAGGGACCGCAACGCAUGGCAAGAAGCUAAGAAGAAGGCGACAGUUACGGUGCAGUGGGAUCCGGAGCGUGACAUUUUCGGAAAUAAGCUCGCUUGGAGAUCCAUACAAGUGGGUAUAGGUAAGAACAUAAUCAGUUCUUAUGCUAAAGACUGGAUCAGAGAAAUUACUGAUGUGCGUCCCCUUAUCAAAGACAUCAAGGAUCUAAUACAGGCAGGGAAACUUACAGAAGCACACGAACUUUUACCGAAGGAAAGAGAGUAUCCGGUAAGCGAGGACUUGGCAAAACACCUUGCCAUAUCCAGAUAGUAAUACAUUUCGUAACAUCUCUUGUUGUGCUGUGAUAUUAUUUGCACAAAUGUAUGUAUUUUUAUUUUAUUUAUCCUGGAUUAAGCAAUCUUGAUUAAAUUAUACAGUACCAGUGAAAAUCGUUGUAGUGACAUGACCUUUUUCCUUCUGUGACACCCGGCCAAUAUAUAAUCCCCAUGGUUCGUUCAGUGAUUCAUCUUUUCAGAUUCAGUUAUUACUAGUUAUGAAUAAUGUAAUGGUGUCAAUAGCAAUAGGACAAGAACAUUUUUGGGAAAAUUCCAAAUUUAUGAGUACGUGACAGAUAAUUAAUUAUAUGUAGGCACUGUAGCUGUGAUAAAAUUCAGUUUAAUUCGCCGUCAA